ACAGAUUUGUUCUCUAACUAAAAUUAUGAAGCUCUUGUCUUUCGCUUGCCUCAUCGGCGCCGCUGCCGCCUUUGUGCCCCCCAUGCCCGUUACGACUCGUGCCCGCGGCGCUGUCUCCAUGAUGGCUGAGAAGUCCAAAUCCAUCCCUUUUUUGCCCCGCCCGCCUGCGCUGGACGGCACUGCCCCGGGAGACGUGGGCUUUGACCCGGUCGGGUUCACAAGCUGGCUGCCCUUGGCGUACUUGCAGGAGGCCGAGAUCAAGCACUGCCGCAUCGCCAUGUUGGCAACCCUCGGGUGGAUUGUCGCGGAUUUUGUCCACCUCCCUGGUGAUGUCCACGCUGUUAGCUCCCUGGCCGCCCACGACGUGGCUGUAAAGUCGGGCGCCCUCGCCCAAAUCCUCAUCUGGACCUCCAUCGCGGAAGCGAUCUCCGUCGUUGCCAUCUCUCAGAUGCUCGAGGGCUCUGGCCGCCAGCCCGGUGACUUCAAGUUCGAUCCCCUGGGCUUUGCCAAAGACGAGCAGACUCUGAAGAAGCUGCAGCUGAACGAGCUCAAGAAUGGACGUUUGGCCAUGCUCGCCUUCUCUGGCAUUGUCACCCAAGCCGCCCUGACCGGCCACUCCUUCCCGUACAUGUAAACCUUCUCGAUUUAUCUCUCCGUUCGUCAGAAAGUCAGCGUCGUCAUUCUCCUCCCACAUUUAAGCCCGUAGCCGUCGUGGUCGCAUACAUGUUGAAUUCGUGUAUGAAAACCUCUCGCUGGUGCAUCUUGAUCAACCAUUUUGCUUCCAGACAUAGACUUUGUAUCUUCUUUGUGAGACUUCGAGAGAAUAUAUUUUAGACAGCGUAAGUGACGUGAGAAUUGAUUGCGCGUGCGUGCGAGGCUGCAAGAGGCAGACAGCAAGUGUGAAGGAGAGUGGAUUGCAGAGAACUAGAGAGGCAGAAGAAAAGAGUCGCGAGCGAGCAUCUAGGUCUAAUUUAAAUUAUGUCUCCGGAAUUACAA